AUGUUUCGGGCCUCGCUGCGGUCGGUCUCAGACCCUCUCCGCGACCAUGUCUGCCUCUCCUGUCUAGCACGCCGGGUUGGAUCUCCCAACAAGCUACGCGCCUUUCACAGCACACCUCUUUUCAUUAGCAGAAACAAGAAGACACGAUCUUACUUUCUGACACAAACCCGGUUUCGGGGAUAUGCGGCUGCGACCCAGGAAUCUCCGGAUGGAAACCGCAAUAGAAAGGCUUCCAAAACCCUGCAUCCAGACUCUCAAGGUUCCAUCCAAGUGACAACACAGCCCUUGAGCGCUGCGAAAAAGUUCAAUCGCCAGCCAAAGCCAAAGCCACCACCAGAAGAACAAGAAAGGCGAGAAGAACAAGGAGAGCAAGAAGGUGAAGGGAAAAAAGAAAAGAGGAAAAUUCCCCUUGCGGGCAACACGAAACGCAAGGCGAGGCUACGGGCCAAACAGAAAAAGAAGACUACAUCAUUAGCAUCAGCACAGGCAGACAAGAAGGCUUCUGAAAAAAAUCUCACCGAAGAUGGGAAGGCCGCAGAAGACAAGAAGGAGAAGGUGAAGGAGAAGAGGAAGAAGGCCACUGAAGCAAGGAAGAAGGCCGCCGCUGAAGAUGCGAGGGCCGCAGCAGACAAGGAGAAGAAGGAGAAGAGGAGGAAGGUCGCUGAACAACGGAAGGCCCGUUUAGAAAAGAUGAAAGCCGUCGCUGAAGGCGGGAAGGGCGCUACAGACAUGAAAGUCGCCACAGACAAGAAUCAGAAGAAGAAGAACGCUGCAGAAAAGCAAGACACCGACAAGCAUCAGAUCAAGGGACAGAACGAAGAGUUUACAGCUCCUCGAGUGACCGAGCAGCCUAACCCACCGCCCCCCGGAAGGCGAAACGCGAGCGAGAGGAAAAUCCUGCCACCAACCAUUGACCCUCCUGGCGUCUACCAUCUUCGUGAUCCUCGGUCUCGUGUCUACAACUUUGAUCCAUAUUUGGGUUCAAUUAUGCCAGUUACAGAGUUUGAUUUCGAAGCUCUGAAGGCAUACAUCACCUCGUCCAAAGAUGAGACUUUACGUGACAUAGCUGUCAAGCAUCAGAAGAAGUACGUUGGGUCUUCUUCGAGUAUGACUUCGGUUCUCUCCCAUUUCCAUUACCUGCUUUCGAGCUGGCGGGCCGUCAAUGUGAACAGCGUAUCACAAGGCUUCUCCGAAAAGUUGCGUUCUUUCACACGUCUCCUCCGCUCGCCCGCGGCCAUGUUCCUUCGGUACCAGGAUGGGGUGUACGCCAUCGACGCGGACAAGGAGUUUGAUAACGCCAACAUCCUUAUGAACCUUGGAAAAUCAAUGGAGAAGCUCCUCACCUUGCCGAAGGAUGAUUUUGAGAGGUAUCGCCGAUCGCACGAGAACAAGAUCACGCCGGAAGAAGAGGAAGCCGUACCCGAGUCUUAUCAUUUCACCACCUAUGGCGAUUUCAUCAUGCGCUCCCAGCUGGAUGCCUAUGAUCCUCGCCUGCCGGGUACUGGCAUGUUCGAUUUGAAAACGCGUGCCGUUGUCUCGAUUCGAAUGGAUGCAAAGAACUUUGAGCACGGUCUUGGAUACGAGAUCAAGGGUCGGUUCGGUGACUUCGAAUCCUUUGAGCGUGAAUACUUCGACAUGAUCCGCGCCGCGUUCCUGAAGUAUUCUCUGCAGGUGCGCGUCGGCCGCAUGGACGGGAUUUUUGUCGCUUUCCACAACAUCGAGCGCAUCUUCGGGUUCCAGUAUAUCAGUCUUGCCGAGAUGGAUGAAGCCCUGCACGGACAGAGCGACACUGCGCUGGGAGAUGAAGAGUUCAAGCUGAGCUUAGGGCUGUGGAAUAAAGUCCUAGACAAGGCGACUGCCCGGUUCCCCAAGCAAUCGCUGCGCUUCCAUUUUGAAACGAGAGACGCAACAUCGCCAUUCAUGUACAUUUUUGCUGAACCCGUCACGGACGAGGAGAUCGACGCUAUCCAGACGAAGAACCAAGCCGAGAUCGAGGCAUACCAGAAGCGUCUUCUCCAUCCCGAAUCAAAAGAUAAUAUUAACGAUGACCUCGACGCCGCAGCAGUGACAGAAGAAACAUCGCCCUCUAAACCCUCAGAAGAGUCUGAGGCCCUCUCCUCGGAUACCAACACGCCAGAGUCUCCCUCAGAGGCCUCAUCAGCCCCGAUAUACGACUCAGAUGCUCCUCCCGACCCGUCGUUCACCGAAGACCUAGAAAAGGGCGGGCAAGAAACCGAGCUCCUCGGAAUGGUGCUCUCGGUCAAAAACAGAGUGAACAAAAAACCAGUCGACCGUCCUACCAACUUCAAGGCCGGCGACGAAUGGACCGUCGACUACGAACUAAACGAAUUGGAACCUUAUCGGGCGCGCAACCUGUACGAAAUGUGCCAGCGCCGCCGCCGCGCUGUUCUCGACGACCGUGGCGAGGAUGAGAUUGGCGUCGCGGCUAAUGCUUAUAUUCGGCAGUUGCGCGAAGUCGCUAAGCAAGGUCGUAGCCAUCGCGAGAAGGAGAAUGAGCUUGAUGAGAAGAACGGGGUUGUUGUGUUUAAUGAACCGGUACACUAA